GGUGGUGUGGUAAUGGAAUGGUAGUGGCCAGAAGAUUCCUCCAGCGAAUUCUUGCACUUGCGACACCUUGCGAUCUUGGGACACAGUAUAGGAGUAUACCUAUUCUGUGCUUGGGAUGUCAAUUUUCAGUUUAGGUUAGAUUGUUAGAUUUGGGUGUUUGGGUAUUAUUAAUUGUCUAACAUAAUUAAAAUGAUAUUUAUUUGACUCAUUGAUUGAUGAUCGUAAAUUAUCAAGUUUAGUUCUACUAGUUUUGAUUUUGUGACUAUUUUUUGUAUUGAACUUGCAUUAAUCUACACAAAUUACACACCAACUUCUCAAAUGGCAACUUCAAAAACAGCUAACACCUAUAAUCGUCAAAAUUGGGAAGAUGCUGAAUUCCCAAUUCUUUGCCAGACAUGUCUCGGUGACAACCCAUACAUUCGCAUGACCAAAGAGAAAUACGGCAAAGAAUGCAAAAUCUGCUCUCGUCCAUUCACCGUGUUCCGGUGGUGUCCAGGAGCGAGGAUGCGCUUCAAGAAGACGGAGGUCUGUCAGACCUGCAGUCGGAUGAAAAACGUUUGUCAAACAUGUCUUCUCGAUUUGGAAUACGGUCUGCCUAUUCAGGUCAGGGACACCGCUCUUCGCAUCAAGGACGACCUGCCUCGAUCUGAAGUCAACAAAGAGUACUACAUUCAAAAUAUGGACAAUGAGAUGGGCAAACUGGAUGCGACCACACCGGCCGGGAGUCUGGGCAAGACGCAGGCGGCCAGUGACAUGCUGAUGAAGCUGGCUCGCACCACGCCCUACUACAAGCGCAACCGACCGCACAUCUGCUCGUUCUGGGUGAAGGGCGAGUGUCGGCGGGGCGAGGAGUGUCCCUAUCGACACGAGAAGCCCACUGAUCCCGAUGAUCCCUUGGCUGACCAGAAUAUCAAGGACAGAUAUUACGGUGUGAACGAUCCUGUUGCUGAGAAACUGAUGAGGAGGGCGUCAGCUAUGCCAAAACUGGACUCACCAGAAGAUAAGAGUAUCACCACUCUCUACAUUGGAAACUUGGGCGAACGCAUCACAGAGAAGGAUUUGAGGGAUCACUUCUAUCAGUACGGCGAGAUAAGAUUGGUGACACUGGUGCCUAGACAGCAGUGCGCCUUCAUCCAAUUCACUCAGCGGUCAUCGGCCGAGCUGGCCGCCGAGCGCACCUUUAACAAGCUGAUCCUGGGUGGUCGCCGUAUGACCAUCAAGUGGGGCAAGUCGCAGGGCAAGCAGUCGGCCAGUGUCACUGUCAGCGAGCAGGACGCAGCCGCCGAGCCACUGGAGCCGGUGCCUGGCUUGCCUGCCGCCUUGCCAAUGCCGCCCUCCGACCUCCACGACAACUUCUUCAACCUGGGCCAGUCGGAAAUGGCUUCGAUGCCGCCUCCGCCGUUUAUGCCGCCUCUGCUGCUACCGCCCCCCAUGCCUCGACCGCCGUCGGGCUUGAGACCUCCUGGGCCACCACCCGCCAAGCUAAUGCUAGGACAAAAUAAUCCCCCCUUCUUUUUCCCGCCCCACAUGCGUCUCCCCCCUGGCAUGCGUCCGCCCCCCAUGUUUGCUCCUCAGCCGCCUCCACCACCACUCUGCCCUCCCGCACCUCCUCUCCCACCCGACAACACUCUCGCUCCCCCCGGCACUUUGCCGGCCAUUCACUAUCCUUCGCAAGAUCCCUCGCGGAUGGGAACAGCUCAGAACACUGCUUGAUGUUUAUUCUAAACUUUUCCAUUGUAAGUGUAUGUGGAAGACCGCAUAAUUUUAUCGUAAGGUGUAUAGUAAACAGCAAACUGUUCUAUUGUAUCUGUGGAAGAUCGAAGAAUACUUGCAUGUUUAUUAUAAACUGUUAUUUUGUAAGUACGCUUGGGUACUGCCUACAGUAGGCCUAUGUGGGUCUAUUGUAAACUCAUCAAAUCAUUGUAAACACGAUUUUAAUUAUGAAGUUUGAAUCAAAUAAAAGUAUUGAAUGUAGUAAACGCCA